AAAAAUGAAAAUGAUGCGGUCUUCACUCUUCGCCGGCAGCCAGCAUUAAUUUUUCCGCGGAAGCCUCUCACUCCAAUCACAUUUCCACGUUUGUUAUUAUUAUUAUUAAUUUACAGUUGAAAGCUUUAACGCGAAGGCGAACCCCUCGUUCGGCUUGUCUGGUUUCCAUCACCACCGGGAAGUGGCGAGUUCCUGUUUUCUGUUUUUCCCCACGCGCAGAUGUUCAGCCGAAGGGAAUCCAUCAUGGGGACGGCGGCUUAGUCGUUUGGGAGGUAUCAGAAAGUUUGACCUUUUUCUAAGUCUUCAAGAUGCUUUCUCUAUCUGAAAAUCAAAAUAUUCGAAGGGAUGGGGCAAACCGAUAAGAUUAUAAUAGGUGUCACUGUUGGUGUGGCGGUUGGGAUCAUCUUAUCUUGUUGUGCAUUCUUCGCCAGUAGGUUCUGCAGAAAGCGUGCUCCUCCAAGUCUGAGUUCAAGAGAGCUUAACACACCAUCUCUUCCCAUACGUGAAAAUGGUUUUGAUAGCAGUAUUGAUUCCAGUGCAUCACUCUCAAUUCAUUAUGACCCGGAAGAUGUGCCCAACAAAAGCAAUUAUUGGGGCCAACGAAAGCACCAGGAAAGGGAUUUAUUCAGUUCUUUCUCUGGGAUUCCACGAUACUUGUAUAAGGACAUUCAGAAGGCUACACAAAAUUUCACAACCAUUCUAGGACAGGGAUCUUUUGGUCCCGUUUAUAAGGCUGUACUACCUACAGGUGCUGUGGUAGCUGUGAAGGUGCUUGCUAAUAAGUCUAAACAAGGAGAAAAAGAGUUUCAAACUGAGGUAGUUUUACUUAGUCGAUUACACCACAGGAAUUUGGUGAAUUUACUUGGAUACUGUGUGGACAAAGGCCAACUUAUACUUGUCUAUGAAUUUAUGAGUAAUGGAAGUUUGGCUAGCCUGUUGUAUGGUGAUGGUCCGCGCAUUCUUAACUGGGAUGAAAGGCUACAAAUUGCGUUAGAUGUGUCACAUGGCAUCGAGUAUCUUCAUGAUGGGGCAUCACCUUCAGUUGUUCAUAGGGACCUUAAAUCUGCUAAUAUACUCCUUGACAGGAUGAUGAGAGCAAAGGUGGCUGAUUUUGGGUUGUCCAAAGAAGAAAUGUUUGAUGGAAGGAAAUCUGGACUCAAGGGAACGUAUGGCUACAUGGAUCCCAGUUAUAUGUCAACAAGCAAAUUCACAAAACAAAGUGAUAUUUAUAGUUUUGGUAUAAUACUAUUUGAACUCAUUACUGCCAUUAAUCCGCAGCAGGGUUUGAUGGAGUACAUAAAUCUUGCAGUGAUUGGCGGUGGGGAUGGAAGAGAUGAAUGGGACGAGAUAGUCGACAAGAAGCUCAUUGGCAACAGCAACAUCGAAGAGAUCCGGCUUCUCGCCAACAUAGGUCAUCGUUGCCUGCACAAAAACCCAAGCAAACGGCCGGCGAUAUCGGACAUCACUCAGGCCAUCUCAAGAAUCAGGCAGCAUCAUAACGCCCGGGAACAAAACACGUCUAUUUCCGAAAAUGAUCCUUCUGGUGUCUUCAGUAGAAUAGCACAGCAGCAAAUUGAGCUGAGUAGUUUGGCUAAUAUUACAGAUUUUCCAUUACAUCAAGAGUGAGUUUUGAGUUUUAAAUCAUUUAUGUCAUUUUCCUUUUCCACAAUAGGCAAGGGAUGAGUUAUGUAUUUGGCC